UUCACAUCGAGGCUGGCUUCUCACUCGAAGCCUCGAGCUGCAUUCCUCUCCAUUCACACGAAGGGAGCCGGCGUGGUGAACGCACUAGUAGUCCGUGACGAGUGAAAAUGUCCUCAAGUUUUGGAAUUUAACCAUGGCAUGGAUAUCUAAUCCAAGGAUCACUUGAAUUUGGCUCUCACCCGUGCUGCUGUGGAUGAUGCUCUGGAUGAAACCUCAGAACACAGAGAGAAAGACACCGGAUAAAUAGGAGCUUUCCCCCUCUUCCCCUUAGCCCAUCCAGCCUCCUUCCAGGGGAAUAUAAGCUAGGACAUAAACAGAUCCAGACUAGGUGCCGGAGUGAACCCACCCACCUCCCCCAUCCCUUCCCCCAGACUUGUCUUCUGCAACCCCCAGAUAUGUGGCCCCUAUUGAGGUCACUCGUUGCCCCUCGCCUGGUGAACCUGCUCCUUCUGGGGGUGCUGGUCCUCUUGACAGUCCCGUCCUUGACCAGAGGUCAGCCCCAGCCCUUCAAAUCCUUCUCCCCACCAGACUGGGGGCUGACACACCUGGCCAUCCACAACAAGACGGGUGAGGUUUACGUUGGCACGGUCAACUGGAUCUUCAAGCUCUCUAGCAACCUCACCAAGCUGCGGAGCCACAUGACUGGACCCGUGGCGGAUAACGAGAAGUGCUAUCCCCCGCCCAGCGUCCAGUCAUGCCCCCACGACCUUGCCCAGACCACCAACAUCAACAAGUUGCUUCUCAUCGACUACGCCCAGAACCGGCUCAUCGCCUGCGGGAGCACCUCCCAGGGAAUCUGUCAGUUCCUCAGGCUGGACGAUUUGUUCAAACUGGGUGAGCCGCACCACCGUAAGGAGCACUACCUGUCCAGCGUGACCGAGUCUGGCACCAUGUCUGGGGUCAUCAUCACAUCCCAACACGGCCCCACCAGCAAGCUCUUCAUCGGCACACCCAUUGAUGGCAAGUCCGAGUACUUCCCCACGCUCUCCAGCCGCAAGCUGAUGUCAAACGAGGAGAACGCCGACAUGUUCAGCUUUGUCUAUCAGGACGAGUUUGUCUCCUCGCAGCUCAAGAUCCCUUCGGACACUCUCAGCAAAUUCCCUGCAUUUGACAUCUACUAUAUCUACGGCUUCAGCAGCGAACAGUUUGUCUACUACCUGACCAUGCAGCUGGACACUCAGCUCACUUCGCCUGAUGCCUCUGGCGAACAGUUCUUCACGUCCAAGAUCGUCCGCCUCUGUGUGGACGACUCAAAGUUCUACUCGUACGUGGAGUUCCCCAUUGGCUGCACCAAGGAUGGGGUGGAGUAUCGUCUCGUCCAGGACGCCUACCUUAGCCGUCCCGGCAAGCAGUUGGCUGACUCCUUAGGAAUUUCCGAAGACGAGGACAUCCUGUUCACAGUGUUCUCGCAGGGCCAGAAGAACCGGGCAAAGCCACCCAAGGAGUCAGCCCUGUGCCUGUUCACACUGCGCCGCAUCAAGGAGAAGAUCAAGGAGCGCAUCCAGUCCUGCUACCGGGGAGAGGGGAAGCUCUCACUACCCUGGCUGCUCAACAAGGAACUGGCCUGCAUCAACUCACCUCUCCAGAUCGAUGACAACUUUUGCGGCCAGGACUUUAACCAGCCUCUGGGUGGGACCAGCACCAUAGAGGGAAUACCGCUCUUCAUUGACAAGGAGGACGGCAUGACCUCGGUGGCCGCCUACGAUUACCGUGGCAACACCGUGGCCUUCACAGGCACACGCAACGGCAGAAUGAAGAAGAUCCUGGUUAACUCAGUAAGUCCCACACAUCCUGCUCUGCUCUAUGAGAACCUGGUUGUGAGUGAUGGCUUCAGCCCCAUCCUCCGAGACCUGCUCUUCUCUCCUGACCUCCAACACAUCUACACACUCUCCGACAAACAGGUGAGCAGAGUACCAGUAGAGAGCUGUGAGCAGUACACCACCUGUGGCCAGUGCCUGGGCUCCAAAGACCCCCACUGUGGCUGGUGUGUCCUCCACAACAUGUGUUCCCGUAAGGACAGAUGUGAGAGAGCAGAUGAACCCCAGCGGUUUGCCUCAGACCAGCGUCAGUGUGUGGAGCUCAGUGUUCACCCCAAGAACAUCUCUGUCACCAUGUCCCAAGUCCAGCUCGUGCUGGAGGCGCGUAACGUUCCUGACCUCUCUGCGGGGGUCAACUGCUCCUUCGAGGGUUACGUGGAGACGGAUGGGCACAUCCAGGGGAGCCGCAUCUACUGCCUGUCCCCCUCGGCCCAUAACGUCAUCCCCAUUACCCGAAAUAAAGGAGACAAGUGCAUGGUGAAGCUCUACCUCAAGUCCAAGGAGACGGGCAAGAUGUUCGCCGGCGUGGACUUUGUAUUCUACAACUGCAGCGUGCACUCGUCGUGCCUGUCGUGUGUGAACGGUUCCUUCCCUUGCCACUGGUGUAAGUACCGUCACAUCUGCACCCAGAAUGCCAACGACUGCUCCUUCCAGGAGGGCCGCGUCAACGUGUCCGAGGACUGUCCCCAGAUCCUGCCCUCUACCCAGAUUUACAUCCCUGUGGGUGUGACCAAGCCAAUCACCCUGGCCGCCCGCAACCUGCCCCAGCCCCAGUCUGGCCAGAAGAACUACGAGUGUGUGUUCCACGUGCAGGGAGAGAAGCAUAGCGUCACCGCACUGCGCUUCAACAGUACCAGCAUCCAGUGUCAGAAGACCUCGUAUAACUAUGAGGGUAAUGACAUCAGUGACCUGCCCGUGGACCUAUCUGUGGUGUGGAACGGCAACUUUGUCAUCGACAACCCCUUCAACAUCCAAGCCCACCUGUACAAGUGCCCUGCUUUGAGGGACAGCUGUGGCAUGUGUCUGAAGGCUGACCCCAGGUUUGAGUGUGGCUGGUGUGUCCAGGAGAAGAAGUGUUCUCUGAGGCAGGAGUGUGUCCCGCUGGAGAGUAGCUGGAUGCAUGCCACCACCGGCAACAGCCGCUGUGCCCACCCCAAGAUCACCAAGUUGUCUCCAGAGACGGGUCCCAGACAGGGUGGAACCAUGCUGACCAUCACGGGGGAGAACCUGGGUCUGCAGUUCAAGGACAUCCAGACGGGGGUCCGCAUCGGCAAGGUGGCCUGCACACCCGUGGAGGCAGAGUACAUCAGCGCUGAACAGAUUGUGUGUAAGCUGGCUGAUGCGACAGGUUACCGUGUGCAGGAGGCUCACGUGGAAGUAUGUGUGAGGGACUGCACACACACCGACUACAAAGUUGUCUCACCCAAGGCCUUCACUUUUGUGUCUCCCUACUUCACACGGGUACAGCCCUCCAAGGGCCCCCUCUCGGGGGGAACUCGCAUCACCAUUGAGGGGAGCCACCUCAACGCGGGCAGCGCUGUGGCUGUCAAGAUCGGCCUCCAUCCCUGCCGCUUCGAGAGGCGGAGUGCCAGGGAGAUGGUGUGUGUGACCCCGGCGGGUCAGAGUCCAGGAGGUACCCCCGUCAUGGUGGACAUCAACUCAGCUGAGCUCAGAAACCCAGAGGUCAAAUUCAACUACACCGAUGACCCCACCAUCUUUAAGAUCGAACCUGACUGGAGCAUCGCUAGUGGCGGCACCAUGUUGACCGUCACCGGCACCAACCUGGCUACCAUCAAGGAGCCCAAGAUGAGAGCCAAGUAUGGGAAAGCCCAAUCUGUCAACAACUGCACAGUGCUCAGCAACACUGUGAUGAUGUGUCUGGCGCCCUCUCUGGCCUUCUCUGAGAAGGGUUUCUCAGAGACAGGCAGCAAUCCCGACGAGAUCGGCUUCGUCAUGGAUGACGUGCGCACCACGCUUGUGGUCAACGAGACGUUCAGCUUCUACCCAGACCCUGUGAUCGAGCCGCUCAGUUCCACGGGGCUGCUGGAGCUCAAGCCCAGCUCCCCGCUCAUCCUCAAGGGUAAGAACCUGAUCCCGGCAGCCCCUGGUAACUCUCGUCUUAACUACACGGUGCUGAUCGGUGACACGCCCUGUGUCCUCACCCUGUCAGAGAGCCAGCUGCUCUGUGAGUGGCCCAACCUCACCGGAGAACACAAAGUUACCGUACGUGUGGGGGGAUUUGAGUACUCCCCCGGGACCCUCCAGAUGUACUCUGACAGCCUGCUCAGCCUGCCUGCCAUCAUCGGCAUAGGAGGGGGCGGUGGCCUGCUCCUAUUGGUCAUCAUCGCCGUGCUCAUCGCUUACAAGAGGAAGUCACGGGAUGCCGACCGCACGCUGAAACGCCUUCAGUUACAGAUGGACAACCUGGAAUCUCGAGUGGCGCUGGAGUGCAAGGAGGCCUUUGCAGAGCUGCAGACAGACAUCCAUGAGCUGACCCAGGAGCUGGAUGGAACGGGAAUCCCCUUCCUGGAAUACAGGACCUACGCCAUGAGGGUCCUCUUCCCCGGCAUUGAGGACCACCCUGUGCUCAAAGAGAUGGAGGUCCAGGCCAAUGUGGAGAAGGGUCUCACCCUGUUUGGCCAGCUGCUCACCAAGAAGCACUUCCUGUUGACCUUUAUCCGCACGCUGGAAGCCCAACGCUCCUUCUCCAUGCGCGACCGCGGCAACGUGGCAUCGCUGGUCAUGACGGCGCUCCAGGGAGAGAUGGAAUACGCCACAGGGGUGUUGAAGCAGCUGCUGUCCGACCUCAUUGACAAGAACCUGGAGAGCAAGAACCACCCCAAGCUACUGUUGAGACGGACGGAGUCGGUGGCUGAGAAGAUGCUCACCAACUGGUUCACGUUCCUUCUCUACAAGUUCCUCAAGGAGUGUGCUGGGGAGCCUCUGUUCAUGCUGUACUGUGCUAUGAAGCAGCAGAUGGAGAAGGGGCCUAUAGACUCCAUCACAGGAGAGGCGCGCUACUCCCUUAGUGAAGACAAGCUCAUCAGACAGCAGAUUGACUACAAGACCCUGACCCUGCACUGUGUGAACCCGGAGAACGAGAACGCCCCGGAGGUGACGGUAAAGGGGCUGAACUGUGACACGGUGACCCAGGUGAAGGAAAAGCUGCUUGAUGCUGUGUUCAAAGGAAGCCCUUACUCCCAGAGACCCAAGGCUUCAGACAUGGACAUGGAGUGGCGUCAGGGCAGGAUGGCCAGGAUCAUUCUCCAGGAUGAGGACGUCACCACCAAGAUAGACAAUGACUGGAAGAGACUCAACACACUGGCCCACUACCAGGUGACGGAUGGCUCAGUGAUAGCCCUGGUGCCCAAGCAGAACUCUGCCUACAACAUCUCCACCUCCUCCACCUUCACCAAGUCCCUCAACAGAUACGAGAGUAUGUUGAGGACGGCCAGUAGUCCAGACAGCCUGCGUUCUAGGACCCCCAUGAUCACGCCUGACCUGGAGAGUGGUACCAAGCUGUGGCACCUGGUCAAGAACCACGACCACUCAGACCAGCGUGAGGGCGACCGUGGCAGCAAGAUGGUCUCUGAGAUAUACCUGACCAGGCUAUUGGCUACUAAGGGUACAUUGCAGAAGUUUGUGGACGACCUGUUUGAGACCAUCUUCAGUACGGCCCAUCGAGGCAGUGCCCUGCCGCUCGCCAUUAAGUACAUGUUUGACUUCCUGGACGAGCAGGCCGACAAGCACUGCAUCUCUGACUUGGAUGUACGGCACACCUGGAAGAGCAACGGUCUUCCUCUGCGGUUCUGGGUGAACGUGAUCAAGAACCCCCAGUUUGUGUUUGACAUCCACAAGAACAGCAUCACGGAUGCGUGUCUGUCUGUGGUGGCCCAGACCUUCAUGGACUCCUGCUCCACCUCAGAACACAAGCUGGGCAAAGACUCGCCCUCAAACAAGCUGCUCUACGCUAAAGACAUUCCCAACUACAAGAACUGGGUGGAACGGUACUACUCAGAUAUCUCGCGGAUGCCCGUCAUCAGUGACCAGGACAUGAGUGCGUACCUGGCGGAGCAGUCACGGCUCCACCUCAGCCAGUUCAACAGCAUGAGCGCCCUGCACGAAAUCUACUCCUACAUUGUCAAGUACAAAGAUGAGAUUCUGACGGCUUUGGAGAGGGACGAGCAGUCGCGGAGGCAGAGACUGAGGAGCAAGCUGGAGCAGGUCAUCAACACAAUGGCCCUGGCCAGCUGAGGACUGACCCUUGCUCUCCUCCUCAUCUCCAUCGUCCUCUCUUUCUCUCCUCACCCAGAGGAAUUUAAACUCAGACAGUGUGGUUUUCAAACCCCCCCUAAAACAUGUGAUGGAGCUACUGCAAAGGACAGAACAGGGGGCAUUCAGCAGUACUGGGCGGGUGUAUGUGUGUAAAUGCGUGUCUAUAUAUGUGUGUGUGUGUGUCUAUGUCAGACCAAGGCACUGGAUGUUUCGUCACACACACACCGAGAGACAGCAUCACCGGAAAGCAUUUUGAUUAUCGUCGCUGUUGUCAUGUUUUUGGUUAUUUUUUGUCGUUUUUCCUGAGUUUUGGCGUCACAAAGCCCUGUAUCGUAUAACCAGGAUGGGACAUUUGAAGUGGAAUUCCAUUUUGGCAUCACAAACAGGACAUAACAUUGUUUGGCAUCCUUGGGGCCAAUGGGAGAUAAGCUCCUCAGGUCACAUGUCUCCUGUUGGAAUCGAAGAUCAAUGACUUAACUUUUUUUUCUCCAUUUUUUGUUGUAUUAUUUUUUGUAAUAAACUGCCCACUGAUCUCUCGCCACCUGUGUUACUGCUGAAUUUGCACAAUUUACAAAUACAUUACCAAGGAAGGCUAUAUAGAUAUUAUAUAUAAAUACAACUAAAAAAUUUUAAGAAACAAAUAUCAGGGUUAAAACAACCCAUCAACAGCAAAACUUUGAUUUCAUAUUCCAGAAGAAAAAAAAAUCUACGUAGAAAAAAAAACGAAGAAAUAAAAAGAAACAAAAAAGUUGUGCUGUGCCAUGUUUUCUUUUGAUGUUGUUUAGUGAAAAUACAUUUUAUUAGAUGGAAUGUGUAUGAUUUAAAUAUGAACAUGCUUAGUGACUGAAAAAUUAUUGCCAAAGUAAUAAAAGAAAGGAAGGCACUUUGCCCCUUAGGGCCACCAUAGGAAGGCCAUCCCAUAAUAUUGUCACAUUUCUGUAAGGGAAUGUUGGACUGGAGCAGUGCUGCGGAAACAUUAGAUUGCAAAUCUGUCGUGCAUUUUCAGUUUUUGACAAGUAAACACAGACUCUAGCAAGCAUUGCUUCUUUUAAUAGACAGUUCUGAUGGAAUCUAGCAUGAAGGUUCAUGUUCAUCCUCCAGAGCUAAAGAAUGUGACAGCUUGUCCUACAGUGGUUGACCAAUAGAGAGCAUUGUACUACUUGAACCAAUUACAAUUGUUAGAUACUACUGCACUGUUGGAGCUAGAAAAACAAGCAUUUCACUACACCCACAAUAACAUCUGCUAAACAUGUGUAUGUGACAAAUAAAAUGUGAUUUGAUCUAUAGGCUACCCCACCACCAGUUAGCAUUACCACGUCUGAUGUCUUACCUGGUGGAAUAAAGGUUAAAGAAAUAGUUAAAUGUGAUCAGGGAGGGUUUUACUGAGCCUCUUAGUCUGAAACAACAAAGUGUGAGAAAGACAGAAAGCCUUUUCCCGCCCUGGGCCCUUCUUCCUCAUCUCUUCCCAAUGCUAUUCUGCAGAUAAUAAGCAAGGUGAUGGUAGUGUGGUAAAGACUGCUUCUUCUCUCCUAAUCCAGAGAUCGGAGACAGGCUGGGGCUUUAGCUCUCACCCAUAGGGUGGUCUGGACAGUAGAGGGGGGAGGCACCCUCCACUCAUUAGCAACACAAGGAUAAGUAAUCCCUUAUCUCCCCUGGUCCUUGUUUCUAUCUAAACAAGCCCACUUGCCAUGUGUGACUUAAGAUGUUUUUCAAAACUUCUCUCUUCUCUUGAGAGGUUUGUUUUUGGAGGUUUGAAUUUGUGGAGCGUUUCUUUUUCUUCAGUUUUUUUCUUCUGUUUUCUCUGCUUGCCGAAAACCAAACUGUGGUCUGUAAUGUAUUUUUGUUGAUGUUUGAUUUUGUAAAUUGUAUUUACUUUCGUUUUUUUGAUGAUGAAAUGAAAUGUAGCUUUUGGCAAAAAACAAUGUAUCAGGUUGUUUUCCUUGUUGUUUUUCUCCUCUCUCUUUUGAACGUGUAAAUUGUGCAUUACGCGGUACGCUGAAGAUGAAGAGACGUCUUCGGUUUAUCUGAAGUUUAAGUACUGUUCAUAAGGUUUAUUUUCUGAUCUCUACGAUCAGUGUAAAAUAUCACAUCAGAUAAGCAUCUGUGUCUUUUCCAGAUGGAAUCAGUGACUUGCUGCUUUAAUCCAUAUCUUAUUUUUUAUAUAUCAUAAAUGCUUUCGCAAUACAUUGUAUGCCAGGUUCCUUCCUAAACUCCUCUGAACAGAAAUAAAAACAAAACACCCCUUAAAUAGACAUGACACAUUGGUACAUCUCAAAUGACACCCUAAUACCUGUAUUGUACACUAAGGCCCUGAUCAAAACUAGUACACUAUAUAGGGAAUAGGGUGCCAUUUUGGACGUAGUCAUUGAUGUAUACAGCUGUACUGCAUUCCUGUUGUCUUUCUCUACGUAUCAGACCGUUAAUAUACAGGUGCUAGCCUGGUCCCGGAUCUGUUAUGUCUACCCAAACAUUUGGCAUGACAAUGACAAUAGUAGUUGACAAGACCGCACAAACAGAUCUGGGACCAAGCCAUGCAGGUGCUACUUAGUGAGCGAAAUAGAACCCCUAAAGGGACCACGUAUACGGCGUCCAUAUUGGGACAGUGUCAGCCUCACAAGAAGUAUGACGCUCUCCUAAUAUGGACACCGCACAUUUGUCAAAUACUAACGUGCUUGGACCAAGCAACACUUCAAAGUUAGCUUCUUUCAACAGACCAGGGUUCCUUUUUAAGCAACUGUGUGCCUGACUAGUAAAUUGUUGGUGAAAAAGCAUUACAUUUAGAAUGAGUCAUAAUUGGAACAUAAUCAGAAAUGUUUAAGUACUGUACGAGUUAAAAAAUUAACUCCCCAAAUAUGCUUAGUCCGCUUUACAGGGCUUUAAAAAAAAGAAUCCCUGAGUACACAACUUUCCCUUUUUGCUGCGCCUAUAUCUUUCAGUGCUUUUAGAUCACAAGUACAUUAAAUAGACUGGUCUCCAGAGCUCAGUGAUUUUGUUAAUAGCAGGCUUAUGAAUUAUCAGCAUCAUAACUAUGUCUGGGGAAAAUACAUUACACACUGGCAGCUUCCAAAUACUUUGUGUUUCUCUCAUCACUGCCCUGUUAUUUUUUUUAAGAAGACAACUUAUUCUCCAUUUCUCAGGAAAUUGCCUCUUGUUUGGAGAAAUUCUCUCUGCAUUGUAGUUCCGUUGUUUCAAUGUUCUGGCCUUGAGAUUUCAAUCAAUCUGCUUCAGAGGUUUAGGAGGUUCCUAAGUGAGACUCCUUCCCUCCCCAUCUCAUGAUUUGUCCCUGUUUGUUUGUUUGUAUGGCUAUUGAUUUGUUUUAUCAUUGAAGUGGUACGAUGUACAGCUUGUCCAUUUGAUGUGGGCAGGAGGAACCAAUGCUAAGACUUGACGCAGCCUGACAUGAGGCUGUCAUAGGAACAACAUAGUGCCUGUCAAAAUGGUUUGCGGCUAUCCCCACAUUAUGAAGCAUGAAUAAGAAAACACUAGAUGUUUGGUUGACCAUCUCAUGCCAUAUAACAGGAUUAUUUCUAUUGACAUACAUGUUAUGACGGCUUAAGGUCCAUCUCUCAUGUUAGCGGAUCAUGAACCGUUUAUGCCCAAACAGAUAAGGGACAUUUCCUGAACCCAGAUUGACUAUUCCUGGACUAAAAAGAUCUUUCAGAUGAACAAUGCAUGAACAUUUUCAAAUGAGCAGGAUUUUUAGACCAGGCUUAAAUGUGGUCUGGGAAUCUGUCCCAAAAUGACCCAUCCAGUCAUGCCUACUCAUACUAUUGCCUUCCCAUGCCCUGGUUAGAGAAGAUUCUAAUCAUUUAUUUUCCUCAUUUAUUUUCUAAUUGUGGCAAGAUCUCAGUAGCUGUACAUGUUCCAAAUGAAAACUACAUAGGAUCCAAGAAAGUACAAAUCGAUCAAUUUCAGAAAAACUGGCAGAGGAGUUUUUCCUACUUAUAAUAAUUCUGGUACGUUUUUAAGAGUUUGACUUGCAGCAACUGUCACAAGUGUGCAGGUUAUUGUUCAUUGUGUAAAUAUUCUGUUAUUUCCUAUUUUGCAGAUUUACUACUUGUAUAUAAACACGCAUCAAGGAGAGAUUAAACAUUUUUUUGCUAAAUAAAA